AUGGCUGGGCGCGGGUUGGGCGCAGGUAGGGCGCAGGUGGGGCGCAGAGCGCUGCAAACGGACCAGUACGAAGCAGCACAAGAGCUACGAGAGAAAAUCGCGGAGAUCGACAGAGAGACGGCGCGGCAACGAGACGCCAAGGCCGCCGUUUCCUUCCCCUCCGCUGUACCUUCCCCCACCCCCUUCGCCAACCACUCCGCCCCCCCGACCGCCCCCCCGACCGCCCCCCCGACCGCCGCCCUUUCCGCCGCCCCUUCCACUGCCCUUUCCACUGCCCCUUCCGCCGUGGGAAGCACCAGCAGCAGCCACAGCAGCGGCGUCGGCAGCGGCAGCGGCAGCGGCGACGGCAGCAGCAGUUUCAGCUGCAUGCCACCAUUGGUGGAGGAUGGUCCUCUCUCCAUGCGCACCCUAAACUUAUACAGCUGUGGUGGUGGGUGUGGAUUCCUCGUGCUGGUAGUGGCUUUUGAAAUCCCUAUGGCCUCCUAUACUGCCGUGGUGGUGGGCGUGGAUCCCGUGUGUUGCGAGUCAGCAGAGUGGAUGGCGGCUGCUGACGUGGCAGGCCUUCCCAGAGGACCCUGUCAGCCGUUUUACCAGUCUCUCAUCGUCGUAACUUUCUUCGCCCAUCCCGUACCACUGCACUGCACCAAGCAGGUUCUCUUGGACUCUGCUGAUGGAGGAAGCUUCCCAGUAGCUUACGUGGCCGAGGAUCUACUAACCCUUCCCAGCGAGCCGACAACAACGAGAUUCUCCCAUCCAUACCUCUACCUUCUUUUCCACGGCACGGACUCGCAAGGCAACUUCCUUCCGUGCCACCAGCUUCGGCAAAAGUACGGGGCGAGGUCUGGAAACUGGCUAGGGGAGAGUUUUCCUGAGCAGGCGCUCAAUGGUGGUGCCUCUUUGGGGAUGCCAUUUAUGGAGGGUGAUUUACCCGAAUGUGACGAGGAGGAUGGGGGCUGA